CAAGAUUAGGGAGCAAAAAAAAUCUCUCUCAAUGGGCUAUCUGCCUACCUGUGGCCGCGAGCUGUUCUUCAGCACCACACCUUCUUCAGCCCACGGAGGAAAGGAGGCCAUCACUUUAUUUUUCCUAGCCACUGUGCUUCUACACCUGCAUUGCUUGCUGUUUGGGGUUUUAGGCUGGGUUUCUGUGCAGCACUUUGAGAUAUCAGCUGAUGUAAGAAGGGCUUUAUAAAUAAAUGUGAUUUGACUUUAUCUAAUCACUUCAUAAUUAUUGGUGAGGGACUGAUGCGUUUGCUGGAUUUUGAACUAUGCAAUCUCGUAAGGAGGGACUAAUACCAUUUUUCAACCCCUCUGAGUUAAAACUACUACGGAUUUAAGAUGUCGGACUCUUUAUUGAAAUGUAUUUUGUGUACACUUCCAUUCAUUUUAGCGUUCGCACUUUUGGGAAUAAGAACAGAUGCUGCAUCUGGAGAAGGACCUAUUCUUCCUGAUGGACAGGAUCUUUAUUUCAAAACAGUUGGCAUUUCACCCAUUCUAUCAGUUCCUCAAAGCAUAGUUCAUUCACCUGUCCUCAAGGUUUCAAACAAGGACCAUGGAGCUACCCACCGGCAGAAGCGCAAUGUCCUUUUCCCCAGCGGGGUCAAACUCUGCGGGCAGGAGAGUGUGCAACAAGCCAUCGCAAAUCAUCUCAGCUACUUUCACCUUCGAGUGUGUCAGGAGACUGUGUGGGAAGCCUUCAAGAUUUUCUGGGACCGCCUCCCGAACCAGGAGGAGUACCAGACCUGGAUGAGGCGGUGCCUGGACGGCACGACCACCGCUCUGGAGAUGGGCAACAACUUCAGCCAAUCAGAGGAGCACCUGGCUCUGGUUGAGAGUAGAAUGUCAGUGACGGGGUUAAAAAGUGAUGCCACCAACUCAUGGUUACAUAUGUGCAGCACCCAGACUCCAGACACAGAACAGGAGGCUCAAGAGGUCGUCGGUGAGGUCAUCAUAGAGGGGCCAGAGGCUGCGGAGGCGGAGCCUUCCAAAGAACCCACAAAUGACAUAGAGAUGGAGGUGUUGGCGCGGGUCCACCUGGAGCAGGUGGUGGAGCUCAGUAUCCUGUUGAAGGGAGAGAGGUACAGCGAUGCUCUCAGAGACCCUGCCAGCCUCCAGUACCAGACACUCAACCAGCAGUUCACUGACAAGAUAAAGGAUGCUGUGGGGGGACUGCCAGGCUUUAAGAGUGUGGCUGUGCUGCAGUUCAGGCUUCAGAAGGAUGCCCAAGGGUUGGAUGGUGUGGUGGUGGUCUAUGCGGUGACAGUGGAGGUGGAAGGGGAGGGGGUGAGCAGUGACCAGCUGGACUACCUGACCCUGCAGUCCAACCUGGUGGAGAACUCCUACAGAGAGGUGAAGGAGAGGAACUACAUCACUGAGGCCCAGCACGAGGACAACAUUAUCAGUGAUACAACUCUGGUCCUCGACCCUGACUCACUGCAACUAUAUACUGUGUCCAGUGUUACUGAGUCCUUUGAACCCACCUCUGGAAUACCCGAGGAUUACACCAACGGCAGUGUGGAGGACAUGUUGGCUGUUGAGACUCCAACCGAGGUUGAAGCACAGGAUGUAGCGACGGGGGAGAAUGAUGUCAUUGUUGUAGAGGAGAGCAUGACCCUCCCCGCUGAGGUGACCAUCGAUGACACACGCAUCGAGGAGGAGGUUCUGCUGUUGGGGAACACCGUGUCUACAGAGAGCCCUUUGUUGGAGGACCUCCCUACAGACCCUACCUCCCCUGAGCAGCCAAAGGGUGCUACGCUCCCCGAGCCUCCUCUGGAGAUUGAGGCCUCUGGUUCAGGUGUUAAAGUACUGAAGGACUUGCACUUCCAGCCUGAGGAAGAAGAAGCCAUAGAAGAAGAGCAAGCUCCAGAAGAGGAACUGACCAUAGAAGAAAAGGUAGUUCCGGAAGAGGUAAUCAUCGAGGAAGAUAUCCAAACAGAGGAAGCAGAAGCGGUGGUCUCCGAGGAAGAUAAGGUAGAGGAGGAAACAGUGGAGGUCCCUGACACAGUAGAUGUUCUAGAAGAGGAAGCUGGACCCUCUGAAGACCUAGAGUACUCCAUAAUAGAGACGGAGACCAUUGAAGAGGUAGAGGAAGAGGCCCCUGCCUUCGUCCCUGUGGAAAUGAUGGAAGCUCCCGAGCCAGUAGGGGGCCUCGGUGUCCCCGAAAAUCCCCUUGCCAUUGCGACUCUGCCCCCAGAUGAACCUGAAGAGGAGACUAACGUGGUGCUGGCUUAUCCAGAAAUAACUGAAUAUCGAGAGGAAAUUGAGAGCUUAGAGGGACCAAUCAUCGAGAAGCCAUUAACUAAAGUGGAUGCUGUGGAAGUGGAGGAAGAGGUGGCAGAAGAAGUGGUCGUUGAAGUUCCGGACAUUUCUGAGAUCUCGGAGGAGGACUUGGUAGAAGACGAGAUCUUAUUGGUCGAUGAGGCUGCUCCGGACGCCACCCACACCACCCCUCUCUCUGCGGAGAAAGAGUCACCCUUCACCCGAGUCUCUGAUUUCAUAGUAUUGGAGGAGGUUACAGAGGCCACAGCCCCGGACACAGCCCCAGAACCAGAGGUAGAACAGGAGGACCAAGGGGUCACCCCAGCUCUCAUACCCGCCGAGUACCACCCUGAUCCCGACAUUUCUAUCACUCUGGAGCUGCAGACGAUAGACCCUGUGACAGACUAUGACCUGGUCCACUUCGGCGGGACAAACCAAACAGAGGAAGGGAGCAGUGGGUACCCUUCUGGAGUGGUAAAUGGUACAGACCACAGCAUUGCCAUGCCAAUCAACCCAGGGCGGGCUCUGAUGGUGUUCUUUAGGCUGAGGGUCACCAACAUGAUGUUCUCAGAUGACCUCUUCAAUAAGAGCUCUGCAGAAUACAAGGCCCUAGAACAAAGGUUCCUCGAGCUGCUGGUCCCCUACCUCCAGUCCAACCUUACUAACUUCCAGAAUCUGGAGAUCCUGAACUUCCGGAAUGGGAGUAUCGUGGUCAACAGCCGGAUGAAGUUCGGGAGGCCGAUGCCUCGCGGCGUCAACAAUGCAGUCUACUUGAUCCUGGAAGACUUCGCUAACACAGCCUACCAAACUAUGAACCUGGCCAUCGACAAGUACUCACUGGAUGUAGAGUCAGGUGACCAGGCCAACCCCUGUAAGUUCCAGGCGUGUAAUGAGUUUGCCCAGUGCUCUGUGAACCGCUGGUCUAGCGAGGCGGAGUGUGUGUGUAAUGCUGGCUACUUCAGCGUGGAAGGUCUGCCCUGUCAGAGCAUCUGUGAACUGCAGACAGACUUCUGUAUGAACGAUGGGAAGUGUGACAUCAUACCUGGACAGGGGGCCAUCUGCAGAUGUCGUGUAGGGGAGAACUGGUGGUACCGUGGAGAACACUGUGAGGAGUAUGUGUCAGAACCUCUGGUGGUCGGCAUAGCGAUAGCCUCUGUAGCAGGUUUCCUAUUGGUGGCAUCUGGUGUGAUCUUCUUCCUGGCGAGGACACUACGGGAUCAGUACGAUAAGGAUGAGGCCGAGGACCCCAUACGGCGAGGGGAGAGUAUCCCGUCUCUAGAGAGGGCCACUAAGUACAACCCCAUGUAUGAGAGUGAGGCCACGACGGGCUACAGCCACUACUACCGCCGCUACCCAGAAGCCCCGGUCUACAGCAGCGCUAGCGCCGAGGCCUCCACAGACUUCAGCAGUGAGGAGAUACGCCACAUCUACGAGAACAGCGAACUGACCAAGGAGGAAAUCCAGGACAGGAUACGCAUCAUUGAACUCUAUGCGAAGGACCGGCAGUUUGCAGACUUUGUGCGGCAGCAUCAAACUGCCCUGGAUACACGCAGACAGAGCACCCUUGAUAAACGCAGAGAGAGCACGUCCACGUAGCCCUGUAUGGGACACUCAGCUGUAUGCUGGACAACAAGGUACCUUAUCCUUAACUUUGCUCUUUCCCCGCCCUGCUCUUCCUCCUUUGUCAGUGCCUUCUCUCGAUUGGGUGAGCUCUGCUGGAAUGGGUGUGGUGGCUGUGGGCAUAUCUGCUGCUCAUUGGAUGUCUUCCUUUGGGGGAAGACCGGCCCCCCUCCAUUUGGAAUCAUAUUCGUUACUUGAAAUGAUGACAAACAAAACGCAAUGCUCUCUAGGAUACCUGUUCUUUAGGUAGCAGAUAAGACAUGAUAGAGUAUUACAUUAGCAUUUAAUGUCAUAUCUCACCCAGUUGUUGUUGACGGAAGAAUGUAGCACUGUGAAAGUGUAAAUAUUUAUCCCAUUGGAAUGUUGGAUAGGUACUGUAACGUGUGAUUAUCACUCUAUCUGCUAAUGUGUUGUAUGGACUGUUAUGGUUAAAGAACUGUAUGAAAGGGAUGGUCUAUACCAGGGGUGCACAACUCAGGACCUCAGGCAACUCAGGACCUCAGGCAACUCAGGACCUCAGGCAACUCAGGACCUCUGGCAAAUCAGGCCCUCUGGCAAAUCAGGCCCUCUGGCAACUCAGGCCCUCUGUCAACUUCUGCAGGGACUAAAAGCAGCAGAUAUUGUUGCCCUCUGGACCAGAGCUGUGCGCCCUUGUUCUAUACCCAGCUGGAGGUUGUUGGAGAUUGAGCUCAGUUGACUGGCCAGUGUCUGUGCUGUUCUGGGUGCUAUGGGAUCUCUGUUGUCUGAGUUUCUGGCUAGUAGUAAGCCUAGGUAGUGUUCUCCUGAAGUUGGGAGAAGCUAGUUGGAUGCACUCUGUGGGCAGAUCUUAAAUCUCAGCCCUCUAUGGCUCUGGUGAAAAGUAGUGCACUAUAUUGGGAAUAGGGUGUACUUUGACAUUUUAGGAAAAGUGGACAAAUGAAGGGCGAAUCUUCCAUUUUUGUUCAGCUGCAAUAAUUUCCCCCCUCUUCUUUCCCUCCUUCUCUAUCCCUCACUCUCUCUCUACAUCAGGAAGCAGUUGGAGUUUGUUUUCUGUAGGAAAAAAAAGUAUUACGAGAGAGGGGGGGAGGGAGGGAGAGUGGGAGAGGGGGAGAGAUUUUGCUGAAGGACCAAAAUAUAAGUGAAAACACAUUUAGAAUGGAAACAAUCUUCAAGGGGAUUUGAUCAGGCAGUCUGUUUCCAGAUAUGUGUUAGAAAACAUUCAAGAAAGUAUAUCAAAUGUACAUGCGUAAACAACAUGUGCUCUGUGGAUAAGCAAACUCUUAGCAGCGGCUUUUAAAUCAAAUAAAAAUGAACCAGAAACGUCAAAAUGGUCCAUUCUGUAACCACUAGUUUGGACACCGUCCUUGCUUUACCCUGUAAGUAUUUCUCAUGAAGAGGACUGGUUUCCAGUGAAUCCUCAAAGUUGCAUCUCUUCAUGCUGUAGGUUUACUUUUCCACAUUUGUUUUGACUGUGAAUAGUCAUAGGAAAUCAUAAGAAUACACAGGUUGAACUCAAAUGGCAACAUAUUCCCUAUAGUGCACUACUUGCCUAAAGUAGUGCACUACUUGCCGAAAGUAGUGCACUAUACAGGUUAAAGUGUCCAUUUGAGAUGUGACCACAGACAUUUAAGAUGUUUCCUGAUUUAGGUUUACAUUUCAUGUUAUCCUGUCCUUUUCUCUCAGGCUUCUGUAUGGCUCCACACAAGCGAGAACACGGGUUACUGUGGUUGAGCACAAGCUUACCUUCCACUUAUGAUAUCGUCAUGCCUUUUCAAUCUGUGUGUUUGUUUUAAUACACAUUUUCUCGUGUGCAUAAAGUGGUUUUCUCAACAUUCUCUUCCUUCAUCGGGACUCAUAGCCAAUGGGAUGGAUCCAGAACGCUGUGAUGUAAAUACUAUCCGAGUGUCGUGGUAUGUUCUUUACACUAGAAUGUCAAUGGAAUGCGCUUGAAGUGUGGACUUGUUUUGUUGUACAAAAUGAUGAUUAUUUUUUAACGUAAGCACUGGUGGAUAUUUAAACAAAUAUUACAUUACUACUUGCAGUUAUGUCAAUGUUUAUUCUUAAAAAAUAAAAUGAAGCAAUAAAUUAAAAAAACGUU